ACGGCCGACCAUCGUGGCCGUUCGUCCCUUCGCGUAGCUACGAAACGUUUCGCGAUAACUUUUCAUUUCAGUUUCAAUUGCGACUGCCCGCGAGGCUUGUAUCCAUAUCGAUCGGAGACCGGCGCCGCGCGGCAGCCUUCGGGCUCGUCCUACCAAUGUCAUCGUUACACUUUGACGCUUAUGUUUGGCGUUACUGUAUCGCUAUGGCAACGCGAUGUACCAUUCAUUCGACGCUGGCCGUCGUAUUUGCUCUCACUCCGGUGGAUGCGUUCGUUCACGGGACACACGAUUUCCUGCGGUGGACCGAGCUAAUCGACUGGUGAUCGCUCGACGACCGACAGCUCGUUGAUCGGCUAAUCAAUUAGAAAAUCGUUAGCACGUGUACAGCGGUACACGUGCGCGGGAUUGUGAUCGGAAGUGUCGUCGGGUUUAAAACGGAAGGAACCAGGGAAGCAGAAGUUUGUUCAUUAUCGACUAUUAUUCAAACUACAUUUCGGUACAGAUAGAAGUUUUUUCGAUUUUAACGAUUUUUUAAUAUUAGGAAUGUGAUUUUGAACAACUUUCUUCUUUACGGAAAUUAGUGGUCAAUAAUUGUUUCUGACGUAUUCGCAGAGAUCUGCUAUGUUGGUUCUAAUCACGUGUAAUGAUGUGUAUUUACGUUUCAUAAACGAUAAUAGCAAUUUUUGCUUAUGUAUGCAGAAUCUGCGGUAACUGUGGUUCAUUGCUACUUAAAAGCUAUUUAAUAUCGCUUAUUGCGAUGACUCAAUGACUCACAUUCAUUUAUCUGUUUACUUAACUACUAGCAAAUAUGGACGUGGAAUAUUUGUCUAUUUAUAUACAUUUACCUCAAGGAUUUUUGUUAAAUUAUCAUACGGAAAAAACCGACGAUCAUUAUAUUCACCUCUUUUUUCCUCCUUCGAUUCUACCUUCUUUCAUUCUUCUACCGAGCGACUAAAGUUUUCUAAUUUGUACUUAUCACAACUCGACGCUCGUGGCGCAAGCCAGGAAUUCGUAUCGUAAUUGAUGGAAGUUCGUAAUGACGCAUCAUUAGCGCGACGGCACGGAAGAAAUAUGAAAAUCAAAGCGACGGAAUGGUAAUUUGCGCGGCGAUAUUCAUUCGAGGCACACGCAAUCUGAGCGUCCGUACGGUUUUGAAAGGACUUGCAUAAAAAUUCGAGGGUUCCAAUCGAUAACCUUCCGAUCCAGGAAAUUCCGAGACGGGCAGCAGUCAGUGACGUUACGGGAAAAGGCCGAGUGACACGACCGGAAGGCGGAGGACGCGCGCAGAAAAGCUGUAAAAUGCCGAUUGAUUUUUACUACUCCGAGUCGAGCCCGCCUUGUUGGUUAGUUCGAUUACUGGCGAAAUCAAUCGGCGUACACUUCAAUCUAAAAGUCGUCGACCCUUCUGAUAUGAAACCCGAAUUUCAAAAGCUGAAUCCGCAGCGAGCAUUACCAGCAAUAGACGAUGGCGGAUUCAUUUUAUGUGAAAGCCGUCCAAUCAUGAUCUACCUGGUAAGCACAUACGCGAAGAACGACUCCUUGUAUCCGAAGGAUCCUAAGAAGAAAGGUCUGGUAGAUCAAAUGCUGUAUUUUGACAUCGGUCAGCUCUUCGAAAAAAUCUCUCAAUGCUACUUUCCAGUUGUGUUCGAGGAAUCAUCUUCUGUAGGGGAACAGGAUUUACGAGACGUUGAGUAUUCCUGUGAAAUUUUAAAUAAAUUCCUGGAGGAUCGCGUGUUCGCUGCUGGUGACACUCUGACUAUUGCAGAUUUUGCAAUCUAUACGACAAUUUGCGUACUGCAAUGCUUCGACUUCGAUAUCAGCCGAUACGAUAAUGCGGCGGCCUGGUACAAUCGUUGCAAGCAACUUUUGGAUAAAUUCGGUUUCGAGGAGAUACACGCCCCGGGCAUGAAAAUGUUUACAGAUUCGUAUCGGGCGAAGUUACAAGAAUCCAAUUAGCAACGAUGCGUUUGGUGAUCGAGAUUAGACAUGAAACUUAUAUUCAACAGCUGAAAAUCGUUGUCGUAAAACAGUACCUGAGAAUCGUUACCGUUCGAGAGUUUUACGUUGUUUGUAUUUGACCGCGAAAUUGAUGUUUGCAAUGUAAGAGCAAUUUAUUUAUUAAUCACGCUAGCGACAACACAAUUGUUUAUGUAAUUAAUAUGCAUUGUAUUUACCGUUGUUAAUGCGAAAUUGUAAUAUUUAAUAAAUUGUAAAUAAAAUAAUUGUUAUUUCGAACG